AUGAUGGGGCCUCUGGGCGCCCGGCGCGGCCUGGAGUGGCUGCUGGGCCUCUACUUCCUCUCCCACAUCCCCAUCACCCUGCUCGUGGACCUGCAGGCGGUGCUUCCGCGCGAUCUCUACCCCGUGGAGCUGAGAAACCUGCGGCAGUGGUAUACUGAGGAGUUCAAAGACCCCCUGCUACAGAACCCCCCGGUGUGGUUUAAGUCCUUCCUGUUUUGCGAGCUUGUGUUUCAGCUGCCUUUCUUUCCUGUCGCAACAUAUGCCUUCUUCAAAGGAGGCUGCAGAUGGAUCCGCACCCCUGCAAUCAUCUACUCGGUUCAAACGAUGACAACUCUGAUUCCAAUCCUCUCCACAUUUCUACUCGAGGAUUUCUCCAAAGCCAGUUGUUUCAGAGGACAAGGACCUAAGACUUUCCACGAACGACUAUUCCUUAUAUCUGUCUACAUGCCCUACUUUCUCAUCCCUCUUAUACUUCUGCUUUUCAUGUUGCAGAACCCCUAUUACAAGUCUGAGGAGAAAAGAAAGAAAAAAUGA